GCAGGCUAAAUCCUCAUACCAUUAUUACCCGAGCGCACUUGCAGCCCCUCCUGUGAUGGAGUGAGAGGGGGGAGAGAGAGGGAGAGAGAUGGAGUUACAGAGCGAAUGGAAAGCAGGAUUACUGGUGUGACAGCACAGGCAGAUGAGUGGCAGUGCAGCAGUGAGGGAAAAACUCUGGAGGAAAAAAACCAAAAAAAAAAAAACCAAACAAAUCAGUGCAACAGGAUGAGGACCUGCUAGUGCACAGCCGCCCGACCUCACAGAGCUGCCAUCUGUCCCGUUAUUUUCUCUGUGGUCCUGACGCUUCCAGCAUCCAACAACAUCUGGAUCACCUCACAUCCAUAUGGAAAGGAGGACAAGACAGGGGACAACCAACCCAAAUCUUCUCUCCCUCCCUCAUUUGUUUGGGUAACUGAGGACCUGAGUAGCAUUGUCACUAAGGAGGACCCUCACAGAGGACUCUUAUCUGGACCAAAGGAGGGAAACUUUCGGCAAACAUGAUUUGGACCUUUUUGGGUCUAUAUGGAAGGUUUUAUAAGUUUCCAUAGAUCUAUGAGUAAAGAAAAACAGGUAGGAGGUGGAUUGGGAGAAUGGAGAAGAGGGGAGCAUCACUGUCACCACUGAUGAAAUGUUCCUGAUGUUUCUUCCUGUUUCACUGAGGAAACAUUUUAUCACUCUCCCUCCCUCUUCAAUUUCCCUUCUCUCUUCCGAGCAGCAGGGAGCCUGAAGGAUACAGACGGAGGACCAAAAACAGCUGGCUGCCACACACAGACCGCCUGCUGACCAGGACUCCCACACCUCUUGUCUUCUCUCAACCCCCCAUCACUUCCCCUUCCUGUCCCAUUUUGAUGCCCCGUGCUCACCUCCGCGACCACUUGUGAAUGUGAUGCAUGCAGAAAAAGAGACAGGGAGCGGAGCAGCCAGACAGAGAGGUCUUUGGAAAAAGAGGGAGCUAACAUACAUUUGCUGUCACUCUGAGAAGUCCUCCAGGGGAGUGAGCCGAUAUCAAAAGCUUCCACACAUACACAGAGACACUGAUAAACACUCUCGCACGGAGAAUCUGUGUAAAUGUGGACUCCUACAGGUGCUGGGAGGGGAGAGAGGCAGGUGAAAACCGGGUAAAAUCAAAAAGAAAUUCGAGGAUCACGAUGGAGCAGCAGGAGUUUGAGCUGGAUGACAGCAGAAAGCUCAGGCAGUAGGCUGCCAACAUGGUCACUCACAGGGGAAAUACUCCUCCUCCUCCUUGGCCUCCAAUUUUCCUCCUGCUCCUCAUCUCCUCACCGCUACAGGCUCGGCCGCUUCUCAUUCACUCGUCCCUUAACGUGGCGGUGGUGUUCAGCGGCUCUGGCUUCCAGAAUGAGGUCAGAGGUCGCCUCAGUGGGGAGAACUUUGUGGACCUGCCUGUGAUGGUGAGCCCCGUGACCGUACUGGUCAAUGACACCAACCCUCGCGACCUGCUGACCCACCUCUGUGAUACCAUGGCAACAGAGAAGCUGCACGGAGUGGUGUUUGAGGAUGAUGUGGGCUCUGGUGCCGGCGAUCAGGUGGCAGAAGUGGCACAAAUUCUGGACUUCCUCUCCACUCAGACUGCUCUGCCGAUUGUUGGCAUUAGCGGCGGCUCUGCGGUUGUUAUUCCAUACAAGGCGGAGGGAUCCUCCUUCUUGCAGAUGGGAGCUUCUCUAGAGCAGCAGGUCAUCUGCAUGUUUAAGAUCUUGGAGGAGUACGACUGGGGCGAGUUUGCAGUGAUCACCAGCUUGAUGCCAGGCUACGACACCUUUGUGGACAUAGUUCAGUCUUACACAGACACUUCCUACUUCCUGUGGAACCUACAGGAUAUCAUGACUCUAGAAAUGUCUGUUGGAGCCAAUGACUUGAAGACUAAACGCAUGCUGCAGCAGUUGGACUCCCAGGUCUUACUGGCGUACUGCUCCCAUGAAGAAGCACAGUACUUGUUUGGUCUCGCAGGUCAGGUGGGUCUGCUGGGGCCUGGCUACAUCUGGAUCCUCCCCAGUCUGGCCUUGGGCAACCCCAACAGCCCCCCACCUGCCUCCUUCCCUGUAGGUGUGAUUGGAGUGAUUACGGAUCAGUGGAGGAAAAGUUUGCGGCAGCGAGUGAGGGAGGGGGUCGCCAUUGUUGCCAAAGGGGCAGAAAGCUUCAAGAAAGCUUAUGGUUUCAUUCCUGAAGGACAUGGUGACUGCAACAAGGCAGCAAAACAGUCAGACAACAACACUCUGUUCAGGCACAUGUUAAAUGUAACGUGGGAAAGGAAAGAUCUGUCAUUCAACAACCAAGGCUUCCUAUCCAACCCCUCCAUGGUCAUCAUCGCUUUGGACCGGGAACGACAGUGGGACAAGGUGGGUACGUUCGCUCGCGGCAUCCUUCAGGUUCGCUACCCCAUCUGGCCACGAUAUGGCAGCUUCCUAGAGCAUGUGUCUGAUGAUCGUCAUCUGACUGUGGCCACCCUGGAGGAGCAUCCCUUCGUCAUGGUAGAGAACGUGGACCCGGGAACCGGCACGUGUGUCCGCAACACUGUUCCCUGCAGGCGUCAGUCCAAUCAUUCUGACAGUCCCUUUGGCUACUCGGACUCCUUCACCAAAUUAUGCUGCAAGGGUUUCUGCAUAGACAUCCUCAAGAAGCUCUCUAAAACCAUCAAGUUCUCCUUUGACCUUUACCUGGUCACCAACGGGAAACACGGCAAGUUGGUGCACGGGAUUUGGAACGGGAUGAUCGGGGAGGUUGUGUACAGGCGUGCCGACAUGGCCAUUGGCUCUCUCACCAUCAACGAGGAGCGCUCAGAAAUCAUUGACUUCUCUGUGCCAUUUGUCGAGACGGGCAUCAGUGUCAUGGUGGCACGUAGCAACGGAACAGUCUCCCCAUCUGCCUUUCUCGAGCCUUACAGUCCUGCUGUUUGGGUCAUGAUGUUCGUGAUGUGCCUGACUGUGGUAGCAGUGACGGUGUUUGUGUUUGAGUACUUCAGCCCAGUUGGAUACAACCGCAGCCUGGUCAGCGCCAAAGCUCCUGGUGGUCCGACAUUCACGAUAGGGAAAUCAGUGUGGCUGCUGUGGGGCAUCGUCUUCAACAACUCUGUCCCAAUUGAAAACCCCAAAGGAACCACUAGUAAGAUCAUGGUACUGGUCUGGGCCUUCUUUGCUGUCAUCUUCCUGGCUUCUUACACUGCCAACCUGGCUGCUUUCAUGAUCCAGGAACAAUACAUCGACACAGUCUCCGGCCUUUCCGACAAAAAGUUCCAGAAACCACAGGAGCAUUACCCUCCUUUUCGCUUCGGGACAGUCCCAAAUGGGAGCACGGAGAGGAACAUCCGCAGCAACUAUCCUGACAUGCACACACACAUGAUGAAAUACAAUCAGAAGGGGGUGGAAGAAGCCUUGGAGAGUCUGAAAAAUGGGAAGCUGGAUGCCUUCAUCUAUGAUGCUGCUGUCUUGAACUACAUGGCCGGGAAGGAUGAAGGGUGCAAACUGGUGACAAUUGGCAGUGGGAAGGUGUUUGCCACCACCGGGUAUGGGAUUGCUCUGGAGAAAGACUCCCGCUGGAAACGACCUAUUGACCUGGCAUUGCUUCAGUUUCUGGGCGACGGAGACACAGAACGUCUUGAGACCGUCUGGUUGUCUGGCAUCUGCCAAAAUGAGAAAAAUGAAGUGAUGAGCAGUAAGUUGGACAUUGACAACAUGGCGGGCGUCUUCUACAUGCUUCUUGUGGCCAUGGGGCUCAGCAUGCUGGUGUUUGCCUGGGAACACCUGCUCUACUGGAAACUACGACACUCUCUCCACAAGUCCCACAAACUUGACUUCCUGUUGGCCAUCAGCAGGGGAAUUUACAGUUGUUUCAAAGGAGUAGAAGAUCCUGGACGAUCAUCUGGCUUGGUUAAACCUGACCUGACCUCCAAUUAUGCCCAAGCAAAUAUGCUUAAGAUGCUUCGCACUGCCAAAGACCUGGUCUCCACUGCCAAUGUUGAAAGCUCCUUGGACAACGCUACAAAGACCAUAGAGCAGUUAAGUCGCCAUGGUGGGACCUUGCCUGUUCGUGUUCCUCAGGUUGCCACUGAGGCUGUUCCAGGAGGCUUUGCCUAUGUUGCAGAAAACCACUGCACUCUACCGCAGCGCUCCCUUUCCCCACCUCUAAGUGGUGUUACCUCUCUAAAACAACAGAGGGGUGUAACCAGGCCAACACCACUGCGCUACACACUUCCAACUCGCUCUUCGUCUUGUCUGUAUGACAGACCACUUCCUGUGUCUAGCCUGAGCACCCCUCACCUAGCUGUAGGUGAGCCACUUCCUCACCAGCACCCACACCAUUACCAGACCACUGGGAGAAUCUAUGUAGACUCCCAUUCUCACUCCCCUUUCAUCCCUUACUCUGAUCUCCAGCUGCCUGACUUAUACACAUCCCACCCGGUCUCAUCCCAAAACCAGCAUGUCCAAGUGGGGAUUUCUCAACUCAAAAGGAGGUCCAGGAGUUUUCAGGGUGACAGUGGUGAUGUGGACAGGAGAAAACAUGGGGAGCAGGGAAAGAGUGACAAAGCCUCUUUUGGUUUCAGUGAGCUCAAAGCCAAUCACCUCCAGGACAUCCAUGUCUCUUCCCCAAGUAUUGACAAUAUUUAUUUAGGAGAAGGACUGUGUCCUCGGGUAGAGAACUACGGCUCCUGGCCUCCAGAGGACCUUGUGCUUAGAGGGCGACGCAGACACCGCCGGCCCUCUUUUCUUAAAGCAACUUGGGGUAGUGAGCAAAUUCGUCAGCUUGAUGAAUCACAAUCUUCUCUGUCCAGCCAGUCACCUUCAACCUUGCCAGAUCUGUUUCCAUGUGUUGCUACUCCAACCACAUCCACCAAGGCCUACAAUCCUGCUCACAUUCGAAACAACCUGUGCCUCCCAAGGAACCAGACCUACCUCCAUAUUAGGGAGGACCAGAAGAGGCCUAAUGGGCGUAAGGGCCAAAGACUGCGCUACUCUCACUCCACCCACCUCCCAACAUAUGGAGAAGCAGUACGACAUGGACCUGGGUUAGGCCGGGGGAUGGUGCGAAGAGCCACCAGCCUGCUGAGUCGACAGUAUGCACACUACCUGAACUCAUACCCGGGACUGCCCCUCUACCACGGCCCGCUGGAUCUCCAGCACCACAGCCAGGCUGCCAGUCCAGUGUGCCAGCUGUUGGCCUGUGGUGGUGGACAAUGUGGAGGCCAGCGGGCCUUGUUAUACCAGGACAGUGUUUAUGGGGCUUAUGGGAUCUAUCAGGGAUCUCAGACUGGAUUAGAAGCUACAGUAGGGCAGGGAGCAGGAAGCCAUCCAGGGGGAAGUCCAUGUGUACUUCGGCCCUGGCGACGCGUUUCCAGUCUGGAAUCUGAAGUCUAACUUGAAACCAUCCGGAAAUUGUGGGAAUACAUAAAACAAGACUUUUAAACGUUACCACUGUGGAAGCUUUUUUGUCAGAACUGAAGUAAGUGUUGAUUUUCAUUGUGACUUUGUGUGGUGAAGAAUAGAUAUUUGGGUAAGACGAUACAACACCACUCCACCAGUCUAUCCUUGCCACAGGAAAGCUUGAGUUGGCUGGUUUAACUCAGUUGCUGCUUUCCCAUUAGCAAUAUUUGGGUUUUUCUGCACUUUUAUGUGAACCAUGAUUUACAAGAGUCAAUUUGAUUGGCUCAUAGUUAAAUUAUAAUUAGAGUUCUCAUGCUGUGUGUGUUGUAUAUUUUGUACUGUGGAUGAUUGGAAUUCAGUCUUGGGUAUUGUCUAGUAUAUUAACUGUUUACAGGUGGAACAAAUGAAUAGAUAAAAGGCUUUUCUCUAAAAACAAUCACCAACAAGCAAAACUGUAGCAGAAUAUCUGAAGGCAGCUGUGAUGGGGAUGUGGAGAGUUUAUUUCUAGCACAAGGCAAUCAAUGCUCCUUAUUGAAGAGCACCAGUUUUCUGAAAGCAAAAAAUAAAAAUAAAAAAUCAAUUUUGGGCAUCUGUUAAUGAAUUCAGAUGGAUUCUUGAGAUCAAAUCUGAAUCAAAAACUCUCACAGUUCUGUGUAAUGUUGAGUCUGAGACAGCAGCGACUUUGUGAAAGCAGUCCUUAUGAACACAAUCUGCUAAAUGAUUGCUGGAUGGUAACCACAUUGACCAGCAGGAGGUGUCUUAAAGGGAUAGAUUUUGUAGAGUUAUCAGUGAUUACCAACUUAUCCACAGUAGAGAGCAAUCAGAACACAUUGUAGAAUGACGGAGAAGGAGAAUGGGGCCUUUUCUAGAAAAUAUGUAAUAUUUCACAAACAGUUUUAAGUUAUCUCAAAACUGCUGUAGAAAUAGCUGCUGCCUAGACAGUUGUUAGCUGAACUUCUCCAGGCAGAAUUCUCCCUUAUUCUACAAAAUAAGUUAAUCCUGACUGAUGUCUAUGGUACAAAAAUCCCAGACAGAUACUACUACCCCUUUAAAACCACUGACGUUUCAUCUUUAUUGUGUCUCAAUGUGAAGCUACAACAACACACAGGCCUCUCAAUAAAUAAAUUAUGUAUUGUAAGUACAAUAACGAUAUAGAUGAAUGUGUUAUUUAAGGCUGGUUAAUGUUAUAGUUAUGUAUUCUACAUAUAUUAGGACUUUAUAAUCACUCUUUUUCUAAAUUCAACCCUGGCUGAUUCUGGGUUUUUGUCUUUUGUUUUCUUAUUUAAACUGUUGAUAAUUUAUUGGAGCAUUUGCUACUGUAUCAUCAGUUUGCAGAUGCACACUAUCAUUUCCAUUUUCCACUUUUUAUAUUGCCUUGUCAUCCCUCUUUUUACCAUCCUCAAACUCUUCAAUUAUCCACUUAAAAGGAGAUAAGUGAAACUAUUCUAGUAUCUAUAUUACCAGGCUCCUUCACCCUGUAAUUAAUCACUAAGACCAAUUAAAGAGCCUUUUUGGAUGAA